AUGAGUUCGCAGCCGUUCACGCUAAGGUGGGGUAUCUUGGCAUUCACAAAAGACCUCCUCAUCAACCCCCAAACCCGCGAUGCCUCCGAUAUCCGCCACGUCGUCGCAGCAGCAGCAUCAUCCACGUCGGCAACCCGCGCCACCUCGUUCCUCACCUCCGUCGGCGCACCCCCCACCGCACGCGCCUACGGCUCCUACACCGAUCUCGUCUCAGACCCAGACAUCGACAUCAUCUACAUCGCCACGCCCCAUUCCCACCACUACCAACUUGCCCGCCUCUGUCUCAACGCCGGAAAGCAUUUGCUCGUUGAGAAACCUAUUACUGUGAACGCGGCGCAAUGCCAGGAACUGAGGAAACUGGCGAGGGAGAAGGGCAGGUUCAUGAUGGAAGCCGUGUGGACGCGUUUCUUCCCUCUUUCGCGGGAAGUCUGUUCCAUCAUACAAGAAGGGAAAUUGGGAGCUAUCAAGCGCGUCUUCGCCGACUUCAGUUUCUGGAAUGAUGUGCAAAAGGAGUUUGGCACGCAGCAUAGGAUGGUGAAUCCGGAUCUCGCUGGUGGAGCCGGUUGUGAGUUCGGCGGUUAG